AUUCUCUGCAUAGCUUUCCUUCAACUUUCACUAUUUGUAUAUUUUUCAUAGCUUUGAAUUUUUGCGCUCUCUCUCUCUCUCUCUCAAAUUGGUUUCUUUCUGCACUGAACCUCUCACAAAUGGCUGGCCGUUUCGAUCGCAAUCCCUUCGCCGAAGAAGAAGAAGAAGUUAAUCCCUUUUCUGAUCAAGCAGCCAGGGGUAAAGCAUCGGGCCAGUCAAAAUAUGGUGGAGGUGCAUUCUAUAAUCCAACCUCGAGGCUUUCUCCUCUUGCUCCUGAACCUGCAGAUUUCAACUAUGAUCACAAUGCCCCAGUUGACAUUCCUGUUGAUAAAGCUGCGCUUUUGAAAAAGAAAGAGAAGGAGCUACAAGCUAAGGAGGCUGAAUUGAGGAGGAGGGAGCAGGAAGUAAAACGGAAAGAAGAGGCAGCAGCACGAGCUGGUAUUGUUCUUGAGGAGAAAAAUUGGCCCCCGUUUUUCCCAAUCAUCCAUCAUGAUAUUGCAAACGAAAUACCAAUUCAUCUACAAAGAUUGCAGUAUGUGGCAUUCACAACAUUGUUGGGAUUGUUUGCGUGUCUUCUAUGGAAUAUUGUAGCUGUUACUGCGGCAUGGAUUAAAGGGGCAGGUGUACAAAUCUGGUUUCUUUCUGUUAUAUACUUCAUAGCAGGGGUUCCAUUGGCAUAUGUGUUGUGGUAUCGUCCACUCUAUCGCGCCUCUAGGACUGAAAGUGCUAUGAAUUUUGGGUGGUUUUUCCUUUUCUAUGCGGUUCACAUUGGUUUCUGCAUUUUUUGUGCUGUUGCUCCUCCAAUAUUUUUCAAAGGGAAAUCUCUCACUGGUAUCCUGCCUGCUAUAGAUGUCAUAAGUAACAGUGCUUUAGUUGGGAUAUUCUACUUCAUUGGAUUUGGAUUAUUCUGCCUUGAAUCAGUGAUCAGUGUCUGGGUCAUUCAGCAAGUAUACAUGUAUUUCCGAGGCAGCGGGAAAGCAGCACAGAUGAAACACGAGGCUGCUAGAGGAGCCGUGAGAGCAGCAAUAUGAUUGCAGUCCCACCUGGAUGUAGUUCGAGCGUGAUCUUGCAUUCGACGAAAAACUACAGCAAGGAAUUUGUUCCACUUGUUCAAUAUAGUUUGUUUGUGUGCUCUUUUAUUAUUUUAAAUGUACACUAGCGCUAUUUUUUUUUUUUUUUUUUUGAGCAGUUUUGAGAAAUGACUAUUUGGUAAGGGUAGUAAAAAUAGAAGCAUAUGUGAUGUAUUCUAGAAUUGAAGAGAUGGUUACCUCUGUAAAUCUGCACUGUAUUUGUUUUGAAAUCAUAGAAUGUAUAUUUGAGAGAGGACUGUCUGGUAAUAUGUUCUGCAAAGGAGUCAACACUGAAAUAUAUAUCAUAUUUGGUUAGCUA